CCACCAUGUCCCGCCAUGUCCCGCCAUGUCGCGCCGGGCCGGGCAGCGGGUAGGCGACACCCGCCCGUUCCGCCGCGCGGCACCACCUCCCGCCCGCCAGGGGGCGCUGCGGAGGCUCCGCCCCUCCCCUGUCCCUCUGGCCGCCGUUGCGUCUGCGCGGCGCGGCGGGGUCCGGCCAGUCAUGGCCGCCUCCGUGUUCUGCUGCUUCUCCUGGUGCAGGGGCGGCGGCGCCGGACACAUCCCGCUGAAGGAGAUGCCGGCGGUGCAUCUCGACACGCAGCGCAUGGUUUUGUGGGUUUUUUUCUUCUUCCAGGAACGGAUGUUGUUAUUGUGAAAAAUGGCAGAAGAAUAUGUGGCACAGGAGGCUGCUUAGCCAAUGCACCUUUGCAUCAGAACAAGAGCUAUUUUGAGUUCAAAGUCCAGUCCACAGGGAUUUGGGGUAUUGGAGUUGCAACCCAGAAAGCAAACUUGAAUCAAAUUCCACUUGGUCGAGAUGUCCAUAGCCUGGUGAUGAGGAAUGAUGGAGCUCUCUACUAUAACAAUGAGGAGAAAAAUAGACUACCAGCAAACAGCCUUCCUCAGGAGGGCGAUGUGGUGGGCAUUACAUAUGACCAUGUAGAAUUAAAUGUAUAUUUAAAUGGGAAGAACAUGCAUUGUCCAGCUUCAGGAAUCCGAGGGACAGUCUAUCCAGUGGUCUAUGUUGAUGACAGUGCAAUUCUGGAUUGUCAGUUCAGUGAAUUUUAUCAUACACCUCCACCAGGGUUUGAAAAGAUCCUCUUCGAGCAGCAGAUCUUCUGAAUGUCUUCAUACUGAAAAUUUGCACCCUGCACUGUUACAAAAGCAUUGUCAUCUUAAAUAAAGCUUCACGUAACUUUUAGGAAACAUAUCUGUAUUUUUAGUAAGUACUUGUGACUGUUGUCUGCAGAAUUUAUGUUAACUGCAACACCAGCUAACUGUGUUGCAAAUACAGGAUUUCUGGCAAUGUUUUGUGGUUGAAAAUGAGUGUUUGGGGGCACGUUUUUUCUCCGAUUUGUACUUGAUGCAUAAGGAGACUAAGGGAUAUUAUUGACAUCAGUAUUACAUUCAGUAUUUUGAAUAAACUGGCGCUCUGUAAAGCCGAUAGUUCUUAUGCAUAUGAUAGCUAUGGAGAUGGAUAGUUUUCACAAUUUUUUUCCCCAGCUUUUUUCACAUGGAAGUUAUGUACUUCGUUUAAAGGAAGCACUGUGUUUCUAGUCUGUGAAUUGGAGUUGCGAUGUCCCAGUUGUGCACAAUAACUAAUGAUACAAUGGCAUAACUAGCAGCCAGGUACGUUUUGGGCUUUUUUUGCAAGGUGUAAUUUAAUCUCUUCCCUCAAUAUAACAUCUGUUUCUCCUAGCUUUUCAUUUGCUUUUACUGUGACAAAUAAUAGGACACUUUCUAGUCAUACUUUUUUGUUGAACUUCAAAAGUAAACCUGAGCACUGCCUGUGUUUUUGAGGACCACCUUGCUCUGUUACUGUGAUAGGAGAGUAAGUAUUCAACUUGGGUGUGCAAAGAGCUGGGUGAAGGGUAUGAGAUGUUACGGUGAAGCCUUACAUUUAAACUGUAAAUUAGAUUAUUCUUUUAUGGAAUAUUGUAUUUAAUUUCUUUGUGAAUCAUUUAUAAGUGAUUAAUGGCUAAGACAUUGUUCUAAAAUGUGAUGCCCUUGAAUAUAAAUUGUGAGAUGCUUUUUUCCCAUCUUGUCAUAUAUUGAAUAUACUUCCUAGAAAAAUUUUUAUUGUAAAGAAAAUCUUCAUACUGGAUGUUUCAUUUUUUUGUUGUUUUGGCUCUUCCUGGGUUAAUGCAUUUGCAUAUAUGAAUUAUUUUAUUUAUAUAUUUUUAGAAAUUAUCUAAUUCUGAGAUUUUCAAAUACAAACAGCUUUCUCAAAGCCUUUCACCUUA